GAUAGAAGUGUGAGGUUUAAACUUUAUUGGCGUCUUGUAAUAAAUAUAGUGUUGUUUGUCGCCUGUAACUUUUCAUCAAAAUUAUGUUUAAUUACUUAUCUUGAAGUUGAACGAAGAUGUCUGAUUUAGCAAUUUGUAACGUAGCAUAUGAUGGAAACUAUGAAAUUUUAAAAGAGAAAAUAUCGAUGGAUGGUAGCUUGAUAAAUAAAAAAGAUCAAGCAGGGAGAAUACCUCUUCACUGGGCUGCAUCAGGAGGACAUUCUGAUGUUGUUAAUUAUCUACUUCAACAGAGCUCCCCUGUUAAUGCUGAAGAUGAUGCUAACUGGACUCCUUUGAUGAUAGCUGCCUCCAGUGGGCGAUCAGACAUUGUGUCUGCCUUGAUUGGCCGAGGGGCUUUAGUAAAUGCUGUGAAUCAAACAGGUCAAUCUUCCCUUCAUUAUGCUGCCUCAAAAGAUCAUUAUAAUAUUGCUAAAAUGCUGUUGGACAACCAUGCUGAUAUUAAUGUUCGUGAUCAUAUGGGAAGUACGCCUCUUCAUAGAGCAGCAUCCAAAGGAAAUACACGCAUUGUGAAGUUAUUCAUAACAGACUACAGCAACCAGCUAGAUGUAAAUCCUCGAGAUUCUGUAGGCAACACACCAUUGCACCUUGCUUGUGAAGAAGAGAGAGAGGAAGAAGCAAAAAUGCUGAUAGAAACUGGUGCACGGACAGAUAUUUUAAACAAGGAGGAGAAGACACCUCUCAGUUUAGCCCCACCAGGCUUAAGAAGAAGGCUUCAAAGUAUACGGGUUCCAUAAAUGUGUUUUCAGCUUGAAAGUCAUGACUUAUCUGUUACACCUAUCACAACUGACCCUUUACUUCAGUUAUACUUUGUCUUUCAAUGAUCACUGGAAGGAAAAUGUUUGUCUUUUCUUGAAGCAUAUAACCCAGAACCACUUCAAGACCUUGUCAAGUUUCUAAGGCCAGAAAAUAGAUGACAAGAAAACUUUCAUUAAUAAGAAACAAAUGUAUGUAUAUCUAUGAAUAGCCUUGUCUGAAUACAGGUCUUUCUUUUGUUAUUUUCAUCUUAAUAAAAAUAUUUAGAUUCAACCA